UCCCAGCAUCCUCAGCGCGUCGCUAAAAUCGACUAUUUCCGGUUAAGACGCGAAAGUCGAGGUCCCAAGCUAACGCACAAAUAUGGCAGACCUUCUUGAAGAAAACCUUCAAAACUACAAGACCGCUCCGUUUGACGCCCGGUUCCCCAACACCAACCAGACCCGCAACUGUUACCAGAACUACCUUGAUUACCACAGGUGCAACAAGACCCUGGCAGCCAAAAAACAGGAUUUGACCCCCUGCAUGUGGUACCAGAAGGUUUAUAAAAGCCUCUGUCCCAUAAACUGGGUGGAGAAAUGGGACGAGCAGGUAGAAAACGGAAGCUUCCCUGGAAAGAUCUGAACCGUCCUGGUACUAGUCUGGGUGCUUUCGCCUAAAUCUGUGUAGUGUGCAUGAAAACCUUUUCCAAAACAGUUGUUACAUUGUCAUUUUCGUUGUUACCUCUGAUGCUAGCUCAUGCACAAAUUGUAAAAUCUGAAGGUUUCUUGUUUCUUACUGUGUUCUUAAGGAAUACAGUGUAGAAAUAUUCCUACAUUGUUUAAUAGGAAGUUUUAGGAUUUGGUUACAUGGGUUUAACGUUUCAUCAGUACAGUUAACAGACGGCAGACUUGAGUGGCUUCUCCUAAGGUAAUCAUUGUAUGUUAGUUACUGUGCUUGUUCAGGGGGGAAGUAAUGGAAAUGGAAAAUACUUUCAUUGGUGUUUAAAUCAUUUCAGUGCUCCAUGACUUGAUUAAAGCAUAAAGGAACUGACACUUCAAUAAUAGGCCUACCUCAAACACUCUGUAAGCAUACACACGCUCACACACUGGUCAUCUGAAAGAGUUUUAAAAAUGACAAUUCUAAUAAACAAGUGUAUUCGACUGGUUGAA